CAAGUUAUACGGUGGUGUACGAUGUAAUUUGUUGUUUCGUUAAAUGCAAAAUUCAUUUCGCUCCUGAGAACUAUAUAUAUAAAAAUAGGAUAUAUACUUUUGGCCUCGUUGCCAGUUUGUACUUCACAAAUUUUUUGUCUUUAGUUUUCUAUUGACAUAUGGCAACAUUACACCAAAGUUCGAUUUCUUGCCGGUGUUUACUAUAGUGACAGAUAUAAAAGUACUGCGGUGGAAAAUGUCGUCGCCAGCGCCAAAAUCACCGGAUCAAUCGGAUAAAAGUAAAAAAUAUGACCGCCAAAUAAGAUUAUGGGGUGAUCAUGGACAAGCACUUUUGGAGUCAGCAAAAGUUUGUUUAGUAAAUGCAACUGCGGUGGGCUGUGAAGCUCUAAAAGGCAUUGUUUUGCCUGGUAUUGGUGGAUUUACGAUUGUUGACGGAAGUAUAGUUACCGAGGAUGACUUAGGCGUAAAUUUCUUUUUAGAUUCUUCAUAUCUUCAUAAAUCGAAGGCAAUGGCUUGCAUGCGGCUUGUUGUAGAACUUAAUCCAGAUGUCAGUGGUGAUUAUGUUGAUGAGAGUAUAGAAUAUAUUUUAUCAAAUCGUCCAGCAUUUUUUGAAACCUUUGAUGUUGUGGUUGCUUCAAAUUUAAGCGAACAAAUUCUACUAGAAUUAUCAAAUACACUUUGGAAGGCUAAUGUACCUUUUAUAUAUUGUCGGUCAUUAGGAUUUUUUGGUUCAAUUCGUUUACAAUUCGAGGAGCAUUGUGUUAUAGAAGCACAUCCAGAUAAUCAGCAAACUGAUCUUCGCUUAGAAGAACCAUUUGCUUUACUGAAGCAGCAUAUUGAACACACUGAAGUAACGAGUAAGGUACCUUGGUUAUUAGUUCUUAACAAAUACUUAAAUCAGUACAGAGCCCUGCAUAAUAAUGAGACUCCAAAAAAUUAUAAACAAAAAUCAGAGCUUCGUGAAUUAAUUCGUUCUGGAAUGUCUAAUGAGGAGGAAAAUCAUGAAGAGGCAAUAAAAGCUGUUAAUACAGCAUUUGGAGGUGGAAUUGUUACCAAAAAUCUUAAAGAAAUAUUUGAUGACGAUUCAUGCGAAAACUUAAACAAACAGAGUGAUAACUUUUGGAUAAUCGCAAAAGCUUUAAAGGAUUUUGUUAUAAUGGAUAAUAAUGGUUUCUUGCCUGUUCCUGGAGUUUUACCUGAUAUGACAGCAAAUACAGAAUCAUACAUAAAUUUACAAAAUGUAUAUCGACAACAAGCUCUACAAGAUGCUGACAACGUUUAUCGUAAAUGUCAAACAUAUCUGAAAGAUUUGGGACUACCGGAGGAAAAAAUAGAUGAAAAGUCUGUACGCUUAUUUUGUCGUGAAGCUGCUAAUGUGGCAUUUAUUCGUGGUACUAAUAUUUCGAAUGAAUAUGAGAAGAACACUCGCAUCUUAGCAAUUGUCGAUAAUUUAAAAGAGCAAGACUCAUUCACUGAGCAAUAUAUUGCAUUACGAGCUUAUGAAAGUUUUUUAACUGAAUACGGAAGCAUACCAGGAGAAUGUAAUGUUGAAAAUGAUGUACCGCGUCUAAAAUCUAUUGCUAGCAAGUUGCUUGGUGACUGGGGUUCUCCAUUAUUAUUAAGAGAUGAUAUUAUACAUGAAAUUUGUCAUUAUGGCGGAUCUGAAGUGCAUUCAAUAUCCGCAUUUAUUGGUGGAUGUGCAGCUCAAGAGGUUAUUAAAAUUAUUACCAAACAAUUCAAACCUGUUAAUAAUACAUUUUUAUACAAUGGAAUAACUUCCGAUUCAGUAACUAUUACGUUAUAAUAUUUUUUUAAUUUAAAAAUAAAGUAUAAUUAAAA